CCCGCUCCGCCCCCGGAGCCGCAGCCCCGCCCGCCACCGCCGUCGCCAUGUUGUGGCUCCCGCAGCCGGCGCUGGGGACGCGCGCGGCCGAGCCCGGGGCCUGCAGCCGCCGCCGCCGCCAGGUGGUGGUUGGAAACUAGACCAUGUGCCUAGGUAGAUGUUAUUCCUUUCUCCAUAGCUCUCCAUCCCCAGCAACGCUCACCACGCCCUUGUUUUGAGAACCUCUCUGAGUCAGUCCAGGAGCAGUCUGCAGACGUGUAUUUGGAAGCCACUGGACCAGAUCAUUUCUGAGGUCCCCUUCAGCUCUAACAUCCUCCCUUGCCAGCAUCCAGCCAUGGGGGAUAUGAAAACUCCAGAUUUUGAUGACCUUCUGGCUGCCUUUGACAUCCCAGACCCCACCAGCCUUGAUGCCAAGGAGGCCAUCCAGACCCCCAGUGAGGAGAAUGAAAGUCCCCUCAAACCUCCAGGCAUGUGCAUGGAUGAGAGUGUGUCCUUGACUCACUCAGGAUCAUCCUCCGACGUGCCGGCCGUGAGCGUCAUUGUCAAGAACACCAGCCGCCAGGAGCCGUUUGAAGCGGAGAAGGACCACAUUGCUCCCAGCCUCCUCCACAAUGGAUUCCGGGGCUCGGACCUGCCUCCAGAUGCCCACAACCUGGGCCACAACUGUGGGAAGUUUGAUUCCACGUUCAUGAACGGAGACAGUGCCAGGAGUUUCCCCAGCAAGCUAGAACCUUCCAAGUCAGAGCCGUUACCAACCUUUAACCAGUUCAGUCCAAUCUCCAGCCCAGAACCCGAGGAUGCCAUCAAAGAUAAUGGGUUUGGAAUGAAGCCCAAGCACUCUGACGGUUAUUUUCCACCCCCUCCUGGGUGUGGGCCUGUGGGGGGCCCAGUCCUGGAGGCUCUGGCUAAGUUUCCAGUCCCAGAGCUCCAUAUGUUUGAUCACUUCUGUAAGAAGGAGCCCAAGCCGGAGCCUCUGCCCUUGGGGAGUCAACAGGAGCGUGAGCGAGGAGGACAGAAGGCGGGGGAGCCUCCCAAGGAGCUGGACGCCAGUCGGUUCUUUGGGGAAGCUUUGGAAUUCAACAGCCACCCCAGCAACAGUAUUGGAGAGCCCAAGGGGCUUGCCCUGGAACUUGGCACCUGCUCGUCAGUCCCCCCAAGGCAGCGUCUGAAGCCAGCUCACUCCAAGCUCUCCUCUUGUGUUGCAGCCUUGGUGGCCCUGCAGGCCAAAAGGGUGGCCAGUGUCACCAAGGAGGAUCAGCCUGGCCACGCCAAGGAUCCCUCAGGGCCCACUAAAGAGGGCUCCAAAGGUAGCCCCAAAAUGCCCAAGUCACCAAAGAGCCCCCGGAGCCCUCUGGAGGCCACUAGAAAGAGUAUCAAGCCAUCAGACAGCCCUCGGAGCAUCUGCAGUGACAGCAGCAGCAAAGGCUCCCCUUCAGUGGCCGCCAGCUCCCCACCAGCAAUUCCCAAAGUCCGAAUCAAAACCAUUAAGACGUCAUCGGGGGAAAUCAAACGGACCGUCACGAGGAUCCUGCCGGACCCCGACGAUCCUAGUAAGUCCCCUGUUGGGUCGCCUCUAGGGGGUGCCGUCGCCGAGGCCCCGAGUGAGGUGCCAGAGGACGAGGUCGCUGCCUUGCCGGCAGUGGCACACUCUCCUGAGGGGGGCACGCAUUCCGGGAGCCCCCAGGGUGACAAGAAAGGGGAUGAGAGCACAGCGAAGGCCAGCGAGUCUGCAUCUCCCUGCGGUAGCUUGGGGUCCCGGGUCCCCAAGGGGGCUGCCCCCGGCUCGCAGUCCGGCAAGAAGCAGCAGCAGAGUGCGGUGCUGCAGGCCUCUGCCCCGGCCCCUGCCAGCCUCCUGCCCAAGGCCGUGCACCUGGCCAACCUGAACCUCGUCCCCCACAGUGUGGCCGCGUCCGUGACGGCCAAGUCCUCAGCACAGCGGCGGAGUCAGCCGCAGCUCCCCCAGAUGUCGGUGCCCCUGGUCCACCAGGUGAAGAAGGCUGCCCCGCUGGUGGUGGAGGUCUUCAACAAGGUCCUCCACAGCUCCAACCCCGUGCCCCUGUACGCGCCAAAUCUCAGCCCCCCCGCGGACAGCAGGAUCCACGUGCCGGCCAGUGGCUACUGCUGCCUGGAGUGCGGGGACGCGUUUGCCUUAGAGAAGAGCCUGAGCCAGCACUACGGCCGGCGGAGCGUCCACAUUGAGGUGCUGUGCACGCUGUGCUCACAGACGCUGCUCUUCUUCAACAAGUGCAGCCUGCUGCGGCACGCCCGCGACCACAAGAGCAAGGGGCUGGUCAUGCAGUGCUCACAGCUGCUCGUCAAGCCCAUCUCCGCGGACCAGAUGUUUGCGGCCGCCCCCGCCAGCACCCCGGCCCCCGCCGCCCCGGCGCCGCCAGCCUCCCCCAAACCUGGCCUCCCCCCGGGCGCUGCCAGCCCGACCCUCCCAGCUUUGCCGCUCUACCCGGACCCCGUGAGGCUCAUCCGGCACGGAGUCAAGUGUCUCGAAUGUCACAGGCAGAUACGCGACUACAUGGCUAUGGCCGCCCAUUUCCAGAGGACGACGGAGGAGAGCGAGGGGCUGACUUGCCAGGUGUGCCAGAUGCUGCUGCCCAACCAGUGCAGCUUCUGCGCCCACCAGCGGAUCCACGCCCACAAGUCCCCCUACUGCUGCCCGGAGUGUGGGGCCCUCUGCCGCUCUGCCUACUUCCAGACCCACGUGAAGGAGAAUUGCUUGCACUAUGCCCGCAAGGUGGGCUACAGGUGCGUGCACUGUGGGGUCGUCCACCUGACCUUGGCCUUGCUGAAAAGCCACAUCCAGGAGCGACACUGCCAGGUUUUCCACAAGUGUGCGUUCUGCCCCAUGGCCUUCAAGACUGCCAGCAGCACCGCGGACCACAGCGCCGCCCAGCACCCCACCCAGCCUCACAGACCCUCCCAGCUCAUUUAUAAGUGCUCCUGUGAAAUGAUCUUCAACAAGAAGAGGCACAUUCAGCAGCAUUUUUACCAGAACGCCAGCAAGACGCAGGUGGGCGUCUUCAAGUGCCCUGAGUGCCCACUUCUGUUCCUGCAGAAGCCAGAGUUGAUGCAGCACGUCAAGAGCACCCACGGUGUUCCCCGAAACGUGGACGAGCUGUCAAGCCUCCAGUCUUCAUCGGACAUGUCCUCAAGCCGCCCCGGCUCUCGAGUUCCCACCGAGCCCCCAGCCACGACCGUGGCUGCUCGGGGCAGCUCCCUGCCUUCGAGCCGCUGGGGCAGGCCUGAGGCCCAUCGCAGGGCUGAGGCCAGGCCCCGGCUGAGGAACACUGGCUGGACGUGCCAGGAGUGCCAGGAGUGGGUUCCUGAUCGGGAGAAUUAUGUGUCCCACAUGAAGAAGAGCCACGGUCGGGCGUUGAAGCGGUACCCGUGUCGGCAGUGCGAGCAGUCCUUCCACACCCCGAACAGCCUGCGCAAACACAUCCGCAACAACCACGACACAGUGAAGAAAGUCUAUACUUGUGGGUACUGCGCAGAGGACAGCCCGAGCUUUCCUCGGCCCUCCCUCCUGGAGAGCCACAUCAGCCUUAUGCAUGGUAUCAGAAACCCUGAUUUGAGCCAGACGUCCAAAGUCAGACCUUCGGGUGGACAUUCCCCUCAGGUGAGCCAUCUGAAAAGACCAGGCAGCGGAGCCGGGGACGCUCCGGGCACCAGCAAUGGCGCGCCCGUCUCUUCCACCAAAAGGCACAAGUCCCUGUUCCAGUGUGCGAAAUGUAGCUUUGCCACAGACUCGGGGCUCGAGUUCCAGAGCCACAUACCUCAGCACCAGGCGGACAGCUCCACGGCUCAGUGUCUCCUCUGCGGCCUGUGCUACACCUCGGCCAGCUCCCUCAGCCGCCACCUCUUCAUCGUCCACAAGGUGAGAGACCAGGAGGAGGAGGAGGCGGCGGAGCCUGAGGAGGGCUCCGGGGAGGAGGUGUCCAUGGAGACCAGAGAGAACGGACUGGAAGAAUGUGCCGGAGAGCCUUUGCUGGGCGACCCAGAGGCGAGAUCGCGAGGCCCAGCUUCCGAGGAGGACGGUGCCCCAGAUGCUCAGAGUCCAGCACAGGCCUCUCAGGACCAGGACAGCCCCGCUCCGUCCCCUCAGGUGUGACCGGAGGCUCUGCGGUGCGUGCGGUCGGGGUGCUGCCCCAGCGCGCCCCGUCUGCCAUGUGGACAGUGGGGGAGAGAAGGCUCUGCCCCAGUGUGAGUGUGGCCGGCUGUGCCCUGGAGCCGUGUCUGCCCCGAGCUGCGGGGGGCUGGGCGUCUCCAGCCCCGGGAAAUGUGCAGUCACCCAGGACCCUCCCAGCUCCGAAUCUGCUUCUGUUAUUUAUGGCUUUGUGCUGCUUCUUGGUACCCCAACCCUUGUCUGUGUCCUUCCAACCCCAGGCUGCUUAUGUGGCCCAGCCCCAACGCUGUCAACUCGGCUUGAAACCCCUCAGCACUGUGCUCUUCUGGGAGGCUCCUGCGUGCUGCCUUCAGCCGGGGCUCUGGUCGGAGCGCUCCUCCCUGCCUGCAGAGCCUGAGAAGGGGGAUGCGGGUGCUGGCCGCCCCCCUUGGAGAGCUUGCCCAGGCUGGCUCGGUGAGGGCCCUCGAUCGUUGCCCUUCCUUCCUGCCUUCUCUGAUUCUUUCCCCUCCAAAGUCGUCCUGGAGAAUGAAUUGUCACUGGCUCCUCCCGUCUGUGUGGGUGGGAGGAAGUUCCGCAGCGUGCCUGUUUGGAACUCGGGAGAGCAGGUGGCGUGGCCAAGGCGGGCAGACCCUGUUGGAGGGAGCUGUGCGUCCUGGCUCUGCCGCGGUUCUGCCCUUCCUGACCUGCGGGGUUGGGGGCACACAGACGUUGGAAUAUUUGUACUCUUGCUCCUGUGCCAUUAGAGAGGCUGCCGCCCCAGGCAGGCCAGCCCCUCCUCCUCUCGGCUACACUCAUGUUGCUCAGACUAUAUUUCAAAUAAAAAAUCUUCUUACCA